UUACAACACAUGCAGAGUUGAUGCUUAUCGUAUUAUCCUCUUACAAGGAUCGCUUUGAGGAUAUAUAAGGAAGAAUUGACCAUUUGUAGCACAGUUGAUCACUGACCUUUGAACCAUGAAGACGUUUUUAGUUCUCGCCAUCUGCUUUGUUGCUGCCCAGUCCCUGACGGACGAGCAGAAAGAGCGUCUGAAGAAGCACCGCUCGGAGUGUUUGGCGGAGACCAAGGCUGACGAGCAGCAAGUCAACAAACUCAAAUCUGGUGACUUUAAGACGGAGAAUGAGUCACUGAAGAAGUACGCUCUGUGUAUGCUGAUCAAGUCGGAGCUGAUGACCAAGGAUGGCAAGUUCAAGAAGGAUGUGGCCCUCGCCAAGGUCCCUAACGCAGCUGACAAACCAGUAGUCGAGAAGUUGAUAGACAACUGCCUGGCCAACAAAGGCAACACACCACACCAGACUGCCUGGAACUACGCCAAAUGCUACCACGAGAAAGACCCCAAACACUCCAUUUUCCAAUAAACUACCCUCCAAUACCAAAAACAACAUCUAACACACUAGCCCAUACAAACUAAGCCCAAAUGAUCGCGAUUUGUAUAAGAAAACUUACACUUUUCGAAUUGUCAGCAAAUAAUCGUAAAUGUCAUCAGCAAAAUUAAAUUAGUAGGUAGUAGAAAAUGAGUAUUAUUCCGUAGACGCGAUGAAAAUCCACUAAUAAGUGGAAUUUUCUUUGCUGACAAUACUGACAACACGAUAUUAUAAUCCUAAACUUCGCACACAUUCCAAUAUUUUUACGAUUGCUGGCAUCUUGACAAAUCACUGUAAUGACAUCAAAUUUCAACCAAAUUACGAUGUUGCCAUCAAUUUUUAAAAUCACCUUAUUAAAGUUUUCUCAUACAAAUGCAUUUCUACUUCGCAUUUUUAGGAUAGUUUUGCCAAACUUAAAUUCUAACAUGUAACUGCCGACACGAAUUUAUAAAAAAAAUAAAGUUUAAUUUGGUAUAA